AUCAAAUUAGUUCGGAAGGAUGAAAAAAUCAUUGCCAUAGCUAUGCCUGGAGAGAAAGAAAAGCUGCCUGUGGAAGUGGCGCUAAUGAAGAUGGUGUCCGUGCCACCUCGCUGUAGCAACGUGCUGCAGCUCCUGGAGUGGUUUGACUUCGGUAAUUUGUACGCCAUCAUUCUGGAAAUGCCCGUCCCCUGUCAGAACCUCUAUGAUUUUAUGGUGCUUCAGGGAGGCUGCUUGGCCGAAGCGCAGUCUCGAGACGUCAUGCUGCAGGUGGUCCGGGCGUCUCGUCAUUGUUGUGACAGAGGAAUAUUACACCGUGACGUCAAAGUCCAAAAUCUGCUCAUCAACACCGAUACGUUGCAAGUCAAACUCAUCGAUUUCGGAUGUGGGGACUUGCUGAAGGACAAACCCUACAAAUCAUACAUCGGCACUGCUCACUUUAUGCCUCCUGAGUGGGUGACUGAUGGAGAGUACAUGGGCAUCCCUGCUACCGUCUGGGGUCUGGGCGUUCUCUUGUAUUACUUGGUCACUGGAGAAUAUCCCUUCGAAACGAAGAAGGACCUUGAUCACGGGUGCCUGGAAUUAGGUCCAGACAUCUCUCGAGAGUGCUUCGAGCUGAUCAUGUGGUGCCUGGAGCUCAACCCUGACAUGCGCCCGACUUUCGACGACUUGCUCAGGCACGAGUGGUUCACGCAGGCGGAUAUCGUCAAGCCUAAGGUCGAACGCGAACCCUCUCCCGAAGUAGAGCCUCAGGCUCCAUCCCCGUGCGCUCCAGGUGAGGACUUCGUGCAUGUAUCUGAAGUAUUUGAAGAAGAGCCUACGUUUCCUGGUCCUCUUAUAGGCAAUGAGACGAAUCAGGAGGCCCUGAUCCGGUUCAUCCGGUGGAAGACCCAGAGGUGUCUCGAAAAUAUCGUUAAAUACGAUCAGGUGGAGACUUAUUUCUUUUGGCGGAUAAUGGAAUUGUUCUGCCGUCAAAAUAAUAAAAAAGUGAUAAUGUGUGAAGUCGGCAGGAUCCUCAUCGAGGGCUACAAGUUGAUUGCGAAGAAUUUAAAACAUGAAGGUCCUAAGGAAUGGAAGGAGUGGUGCCUUCGUCUGACGCAGCUUUUAUUCUCGUCCGCACCGUCUGAGGAGCACAGAGAGGCUGUGAUUAUGUUGGGAGACGAUUUCGCCUCUAGGAAAUUUCUCUACGCGGCGCAUAUCUGCUACGUGGUGGCAAAAGUGGAGCUGGGGUCGCGUAGCCACUUCGAACUGAUCGGAUGUUAUAGUGUGCCAUUUGGCGUGAAAGUCCUGGAUGAAGCCGUUAAGAAAACCGAGACGUAUGAAUACGUGCUGUGGCUGACGUCAGGGCUGCUCCAGCCAAGCUUCCAGCACUUCAAGUUGUGUUACGCCAACCGGCUGGCCCACUUAGAGCAGUCUGAAAACGAUUCAUCUAAUAUCACCGGCCAUAAAUACUACGAAUCCAUGGCGAGGGCAGCCAUCUCCUUCCCAGACAGAUUCAAACAAAGCCAUCUUAAACGCCUUAUCUCGGGGUGUAAAGCACUGCGAGGCGAGAAUGCAGAACCCGAGUGGUUGCUACAGCUUGAGGAGCUGCACAGAACUAACAAACUAAAUGCUGAUGAUAAGGGAGACCUGAAACGGGACUUUUCAUCACCCAUACAUGACAUGGUUUCUGAGAUUCAGGACAAGAUCCCCACUUUCCAGUCUCCUGGUGUGGAGCGGGGCAUUCACCCAAAGGAUGUGCUCUUAUCGCGGUACUCCCUGGGAGAGCUCCUGGGGAAGGGAGGCUACGGCUCUGUCUUCUCAGGAAUCCGUAAAGAAGAUGGGAAGCAGGUUGCCAUUAAAAUUGUUACGAAAAACAAGUACACAGAUACCAUGACCAUUCCCGGAGAGACGCAGGAGAUUCCUUUAGAGGUGGCGCUAAUGAAGAUCGUGUCCAAGCCACCGCGCUGUAGCAACGUGAUUGAGCUGCUGGAGUGGUUCGACCUGAGCAGUCAGUACGUCAUGAUUCUGGAGAGGCCCGUCCCAUGUCAGGACCUCUGCGACUUCAUCGACGCUCAGGACGACCGCAUGUCAGAGGCGCAGACUCGAGACGUCGUGUUACAGCUGAUUAAAGCGGUUCGUCAUUGCUGUAACCGAGACGUAUUACACCGUGACAUCAAGGCCGAGAAUAUCCUCAUCAACACCGAGACCUUGCAAGUCAAACUUAUCGAUUUUAGCUGUGGGGUAUUGAUGAAAGACAGCUCCGAGGACAUAUUUUUAGCCAGUCCAUUCUAUACACCUCCUGAGUACACGAUUAGUGAAGAGUACCACGGCAUUCCUGCUACCGUCUGGAGUUUGGGCAUUUUCUUGUUUAAACUGCUUACUGGAUACUACCCCUUUGAAACAAACGAUGUCUUUGAAUGUGCAUGCUUGGACUUUUCUCCAGAUGUUUCUCGAGAGUGCAUUGAGGUGAUCAUGUGGUGUCUGGAGCUCUCCCCUGACAUGCGCCCAUCUUUCGAUGAUUUGCUCAGGCAUGAGUGGUUUACGGAGGCAGUUCUGGACAAGGAACAGAAUCCGCCUGAAACCAGCGAUCAUGAGAGCACCUGA